AUGAACUUCCUCACACCAGCCACGCUUGUUCUGCUCCUCUCGCUCUGCCUGCAGGACACAGGAGCACGUGAAUACAUCUCUGUCCUCGCAGUGCCCAACGGAGGCCACUGGGGCCACUGGGGGCAUCAGCAAUUUUGUCGCCAUGGUUAUGCCAGUGGAUUUGCGCUCAAGGUGGAGCCCUCCCAGUUUGGAAGAGAUGACACAGCUCUGAACGGCAUCCGCCUGCGCUGCCAAGAUAACUCAACCAUUGAAUCUUUGGUGGGAAAGUGGGGAACCUGGACCAGCUUCCAGGUUUGCCCUAGAGGCUACUUGAUCUCCUUCUCACUGAGAACAGAGAAAUCCCAAGGAGGAGGUGACGACACAGCAGCCAACAACAUCCGUUUCAGAUGCUCAGAUGCCACUGUGCUAAUAGGUGAUGGACUUUCGUGGGGUAGUUUUGGUCCAUGGAGUGACAGAUGCAACAUAUGUGGUCUGCAGACCAAGGUGGAGCCCCCUCAGGGGCUUCAUGAUGACACAUCGCUCAACAACGGGAAGUUCUUCUGCUGUAGCUGA